CCAAGAAAGAAAGAAAACCAUUUGCUAAAAUGGUGAGCCCUGGAAGUAACAAGCAGAAGCAACAGCACCGAUUCGGCAUUACAGAACCAAUAUCUUUUGGCGGCCCUACUGAGUACGAUGUGAUCAAGACGCGUGAGAUCGAAAAGCUUCUGCAAGAUGCCGGAUUGUACGAGACUCAGGAGGAGGCUGUGAGAAGAGAGGAAGUGCUUGGCAGAAUUGACCAGAUUGUGAAGCGUUGGGUCAAAGUAGUCAGCCGCAAGAAAGGGUUAAAUGAGCAGUUAGUGCAAGAAGCAAACGCCAAGAUUUUCACCUUCGGUUCUUAUCGAUUAGGGGUGCAUGGCCCCGGUGCAGAUAUCGACAUUCUUUGCGUGGGGCCUAGACAUGCGACGCGAGAAGAAGAUUUUUUCGGUGAGCUACAUGGAAUGCUUUCUGAGAUGCCUGAAGUCACAGAGUUGCAUCCUGUUCCUGAUGCGUAUGUUCCAGUGAUGAAAUUCAAGUUUCUGGACGUUUCUGUGGAUCUUCUUUAUGCAAGAUUGUCCCUUUCGGUGAUUCCUGAAGAUUUGGAUAUUUCGCAGGACUUUGUACUACACAACACGGAUGAACAAACUGUUCGUAGUCUUAAUGGUAGUAGAGUUACAGACCAUAUUUUACGAUUGCUGCCUAAUAUUCAGAAUUUCCGCACAACAUUGCGAUGCAUGAAAUAUUGGGCAAAGCGACGCGGUGUUUAUUCAAAUGUGUCAGGGUUUCUAGGUGGUAUAAACUGGGCGUUACUUGUCGCACGCAUAUGCCAGCUAUUUCCCAAUGCACUGCCCAGUAUGCUAGUCUCCCGGUUUUUCAGGGUGUAUACGCAGUGGCGUUGGCCGAAUCCAGUCAUGCUCUGUGCAAUUGAAGAAGGAUCUCUUGGUGUUCCAGUUUGGGAUCCUAGAAGAAAUCCAAAGGACAAGAAUCAUUUGAUGCCUAUCAUCACUCCUGCUUAUCCUUCCAUGAAUUCUAGCUACAAUGUGUCGCACAGCACCUUGCGCAUCAUGUCAGAAGAGUUCCAAAGGGGGAAUGAUAUAUGUGAGGCUAUGGAGGCAAGUAAGGCGGAUUGGGAUAAUCUAUUCGAGCCUGUCGCGUUCUUUGAAGCAUACAAGAAUUACCUGCAGAUAGAUAUUGGUGCACAAAAUGAAGAUGAUUUAAGAAAGUGGAAAGGCUGGGUUGAAUCUCGUCUUCGUCAGCUUGUCUUAAGGAUUGAGAGACACACAUAUAAUGAGCUUCAAUGCCAUCCAUACCCUGGCGAAUUUGCAGACAAAUCUAGGCCUCUACAUUGUUCGUAUUUUAUGGGUUUGCAGCGUAAACAAGGAGCUCAUGCAAAUGAAGGGGUACCGUUUGAUAUCAGGCUAACUAUUGAGGAAUUUAAAUAUGUUGUCAAUAUGUAUACCUCGUGGAUGCCUGGAAUGGAGAUCUAUGUAAGUCACGUAAAGCGACGAAGUAUUCCUAGUUUUGUUUUUCCAAGUGGUAUCCGUCCUUCAAAAGAAACUUGGGACAGCAGACGAAGUUUAGCAGAAAAACUAGCUGAAGGUAAAGGAUUUUCAGAUGGAUCGGGUGAAGGAAGGAAGAGAAAGCAGACUGACGAAAAUGUAGGAAAUCUGAAGAAAAUGUGUGACAGUUCAAUGGAAUCUUCACUGCCAAAUACUACAAGUUUUACGAAACCAUCAAAUGCACCAGUGAUCUCCAACAGUGGAGCUGCUGCAUUCACUUCCUUAUGUCCUAAUGUUGGCUUGGAGGAGCUUGAGUCUGUUGAACUCGCGGCACCAAUUUCUAUUCGGAUUCCAUCUGUGGCUCAGCGAAAGCCACUUAUCAGGUUGAGCUUCACCUCACUAGGUAGAGCCAAUGUCAGAUGCAGCUAGAAGGGACAGAGUGUAAGCUGGAAGAAAGCUGGCGCCUCAACAUGAGCAUUCUCUAGAUUUUUAAAUAUAGAUUUU